AUGUCGUCGGUAUCGUCAUUGGGCGCCAAUUGGUGUGUUUCCAUUCAAUAUACCAAGGAAAAUCUUGCUGAAUUUCUCACGGAGCUCUCAGCUAAGGGUUUGCAUGCUUUGACUAGACCUGGACACAGCUCCGAACUAGUGUACGUGUUUGUUAAUGACCAAACAAAUCGAGUACCACUGAUUGCCUCUCAACUCAAAUAUGUUACUGAUGUAGUCCAAGUUGUAGAUUUCGAGACGAAAUCACAAAGAGAAAACUUAGCUAAGAGAUUGGUCAAGAAACCACUGAUGGUUUCUGAUGCCGAUUUACAAGAAUUGAGCCGAGUCACAGGAUCGCCCGAAACGGCACUGUACUUCGCGUAUGCCAAAUAUUACACGCGCUGGUUGAUGGUGUUGGCGCUCGUGGGUGUUGCCUUUCGCUUUUUCGUCAGCAAUCCUUCCGGUUGGGAGUUUAACGUAAGUUAUACAAUCAUCGUGAUGCUCUGGGCGACCUGUUUCGUUUGCUCUUGGAAGCUUAAGAAAAGAGCGGAGUUUUCAACAUUGGUACAAUACUCUCCCUCCCUUGACCAAUUGAAGCCUGUUUCUAGGUCAGUUUUUAUCAAAAAGCUGCUGUUCAUCCCAGUGGCUCUUCAGUUUGCUGCAUGCCUCAUCGCAUUUCAAUUCGUUUGCUUUCUGCUAGAGAUUUUUAUGACUCAAAUUUAUCAGGGUCCACUGGCAAGUGUUCUAGCACUAACUCCUACGGUAUUGAUGGCUGCAUAUGUACCAAUCCUGACUAUGGUUUACGACCUAGUGUUGCAGAAACUGGUGUCCUGGGAAAAUCCAGCCGACCCAGUUCAGUCGAAAUUGGAAAAGAAGUUCAUUUUAACUUUUUUAACGAGCUACAUGCCCUUGUUUAUCACUCUCUUCGUUUACUUACCCCUUGGUCAUCAUGUCAAUGCUCAGUUAGAGACUAUUGCCCUCUUCUGCUCCAAUUACAAUGUACCGGUCUUGAAGAGCGGGUUUAAGGUUAAUACUGGUCGCUACCAAGCACAAUACUUUUUCUUCAUGGUUACUGGGCAGGUAAUCGCCCUAUGUGUCGAAAAUCUAGUUCCGUUGGCUAUGAGCAAGGCCAUACCCAAACUUAAGGGGUUCGAUAAGCCUAACUCGCCCGUCAAUUUGGCCGAAACUAAAAUGGCAAAAGAAUAUCCUGAAGACCUCAGUAUCUGGAAACAGGCAUCUGGGUCUUGUCUGAGUACCUGGGGCGAGUUUGACGUCAACGCCACGUCAAAUAAGUUAAUCAUACAAUUUGGAUACGUCUCUAUGUUUUCUUGUAUUUGGCCAUUGGCUGCCCUAUGUUGUGUGGUAUUCAAUUUGCUGAGCUUGAAAUUGGAAAUUUGGAGAUGCUUGAACAAGUGCGUUGUGAAGUGCUCUUCUAACUCAAACGUUGCCAAGAUUUCUCCUCGAUCCCUUGCCCCAAAUAAGAGCGGAUCGAUUUGGGAUAACGUACUAAAUGUCAUUCUAUGGAUAUCUGCUCUUGUCGCACCAGCUCUUGUUAUCAUGUAUAAGAGUCCUCUGAAUGCUGGAACGACAUCUGCUCUGGAGAAACGUGACCUAUGGCACUUGGAGUCGGUGGUCAAGGUUGAUUGGAGAGCAGUCGUCAUCGGUGCUUUUGUUUUUGAGCAUUUGACAUUCUUUUGCUAUUUGAUACUGGGCGAGCUUGUGGGCCGUUCAGAUGAGGACCGUGCCCAAAGGUUUGUCUCUGCUGAAAAGCUGGAGGAACCACCUCAUGUGGACCUGACUAAAGUUGUUAAGGAAACAGCAACCUUCAUGGAUGCCCCUCCAGAAGGUGAAACCAUAGCUGCCUCGAAGGCCCCUCAAAAAACCAGCGACAGCGCUUCACAAGCCCCAAUUGCUGAUGUAGCAACUGCGAGCACCUCGGGGUUUUCAAGGGCCAAAGAGGCCGCGUCUCCUUCCCAGCCCGUCAAAACAUCUACGAUUCAAGCAACUAAGGACGUUGCCUCACCAGCUAGCCAAACAUCCAGCUCUUCUAGCCAAGUUAAGAACCACAAUGAAUCCUCAGGCUCUUUGACUUCGCCUGUAGCUGGCGCCACUGUUCCUGACACUAUUCCUACAUCAAAGAACUACCACUUGAGGCGCAACCACCCCAAUUCGUCAUCUUCAACUUCGCAGGCUAUUCAAAGUAUCGAUUCCAGUGGAAAAGAAAAAUUGGAGCUCACAUCAUCCAACGAUACCUCUUCUUUAAAAAAUUCCGUACCUAAGGUGGUAGCAACAUCUCCAUCUGACGAGGCUAUCACGAGUAAUCAGUUCGUCCCUGCCCAACUUGCCGAUACAUCCAAGGGUCACGUCGCCAACAUCAUGAACGGUCUUCCAAAGGGUGGUCACGGUCAUACAGAUUCACCUAUUCCCAAUGACGCCGUUGUCGAAAAGAACUCCGACCACCUCUCAGAGGCGUCGUCUUCUGCACCUUCAGGUAAUGAAUCACAAACAAUUCAAACGCCACGCAAGGUGCCAGAAAAGGCUUCAUCUGUUCGUACCCAUUCUUCGAAGAAAAAGAUGAAGGGUGUUCUAUCUCCCCUUGGCAAACUGAAGAAGAAGUUUCCUUGA